AGUCAUAUUCAUACCCUGAGGGUGAGAGAGUGUAGUGGUUGUGCCGUCGCCCCUCUGCACAGGCGUUUGGGAAGGGAGAGAGUUUCCUCUUCGUCUGCGGUGUGCGACCUUCUUCCUCUUUCCUGGCAGCUGGACUCGGUACACCACCUCACCCAGCCGCUCCACCACCUGACAAGGCCCCGCCCAAUGACAGUCCAACUUGGGGCAGGGUGUCCACAUCCCCAGCAGAGCAGGGGGCGUUGGCGAGGGCGUGUGGCACUCCGGAUCACUUCCGUCAUGUCAGCGCAUGCAGCGGUUCUCACCGUAGGAUCAAUUUCUCCGGGGCCACUUUGGUCCCGCCUUCCACAGUCCCCCUCUCCAGAGCCAGCUCCAAAGCCUCUUGUAAGGAGCGGGGAUGGGCGAGAUGGGUCUGAAUGCACAGCCUCCUGGGGGUUAUGGCUCGGAUGAACUGGUCCCUGGCUGGGUCUGUAGUCUGUAGUGCUCCAUGAUGUUGUCUGUGUACAGUGCCUUGAGAUAAUAUAUGUCAUAAAUAAAAUUGAAUUCUCUGAAAUCACUGGUAUGGAAAUAUUUUGUGUUCCCCUGUGAAUGUUGUCAACAAUGUUCUUGUCAUGGUGUGUAAACCAUGUUAUGUGUGAGUAGCAAAGCACAGGACGUCUCCACAUGCAUCAUGAGGUCGUAGACAUAACUCUGAAAACAACUCUGUUAACACAGAUAACUCUUCUGUCCUCAUUUGGAGCAAAACUUGCUCUAAAUUCAACUUGCACUAAAGCGGUAACUAGUGCUAUAGACGUGUUUGUAGCAUCAGAAAAGUGACCUUAGGUGGAAAAGCCUGGAUUUAAACAUGUCAUGAAUGUACUGAACCACGCUACCAAAUGUCAAGAAGGUCAAAUCUUACUAGAAAGGUGUUUCCUUCCAUGUAUGAUCAUGUUAUUGGAGGUCAGAGGUCAGAUUGAUGGACCUUCAGAGCAACACAGACUUGGAAGUUAGAGUUCAUCUUCCUCUUCCCAGUCGUUAGAGACAUUGAUGAGGUCUAUGUGUCCAUUCUUUAAACCAGGAGGGUCCUGGGUUCUUCGUGAGGACCAGAUCUCUCUACUCCUAUCUCAGCAACGUGGGCCACAAAUAUUUAAGCAACCCUGCUCCCCAAGAAGUUAAACCUAAGAAAUAAGAACCAUGUUCUUAGUGAAGUGUGUUCAUUCUCAUAAUGUCAUACCAUUCUGCACUGGUACAGUUUUGAUUUCCUGUACCCAGAGGACACAUUUAACAUUUAGAUUUUACAGUCACUGGAGACGGUGUUUGAAUGUGUUUGUUCACGUGACAUUUUGGACAUUUCCUUUAUUGUUGUGCUGUCUGUCUGUAACUGUGUUGUUCUGUGAUUGUCUGACAGUUGUCUCUUGGAAAUGAGAGCCUGUGUCUCAGUGAGAAAUAAAGGUUAAAUAAAUAAUAAUAAAAACCACA